CUCCACCAGGCAGGCCAACAUCCUGCUGACUCGCUUGCUCUUCCGCCCGAUCUGUCCAAGUCUGCACGAUCUGCAAGUUGUCGCGAUGGCUGCUCCAAUUUCUACCGUCGCGGAGACCAAGGAGCUCCGGGGCCUGAACCUCAUUGCUGCCCACUCACACAUUCGGGGACUCGGGGUAGAUGCCGACACUUUGCAGCCCAGGGCCUCCUCCCAGGGGCUUGUGGGCCAGGAGAAGGCGCGAAAAGCUGCCGCGGUGAUUUUGCAGAUGGUCAAGGAGGGCAAGAUCGCUGGCCGCGCGUUGUUGAUUGCCGGUCCCCCCAGCACAGGUAAAACAGCAAUUGCCAUGGGCAUGGCGCAAUCUCUCGGACCCGAUGUUCCUUUCACAAUGCUCGCAUCCUCGGAGAUAUUCUCAAUGGAAAUGUCGAAGACGGAGGCACUCACACAAGCCUUCCGGAAAUCGAUCGGCGUUCGGAUCAAGGAAGAGAGUGAGAUCAUCGAGGGUGAAGUGGUCGAGAUCCAGAUUGAUCGGAGUGUUACUGGUGGAAACAAGCAAGGCAAGCUCACCAUCAAGACGACCGAUAUGGAGACGAUCUACGACAUGGGAACCAAGAUGAUCGAUUCGAUGACGAAAGAACGAGUGAUGGCUGGUGACAUUAUCUCCAUUGACAAGUCCUCGGGAAAGAUAACCAAGCUGGGACGCUCUUACGCUCGGUCGCGCGACUAUGAUGCGAUGGGAGCGGACACCAAGUUUGUCCAAUGCCCUGAGGGUGAACUCCAGAUUCGCAAGGAAAUCGUACACACUGUGAGCCUUCACGAGAUUGAUGUCAUCAACUCACGGUCACAAGGAUUCUUGGCCCUCUUCUCCGGCGAUACCGGCGAAAUCAGAAGUGAAGUGAGGGAUCAGAUUAACACCAAGGUUGCAGAGUGGAAGGAAGAAGGAAAGGCCGAAAUUAUUCCGGGCGUCCUUUUCAUUGAUGAAGUGCACAUGCUUGACAUUGAGUGUUACUCUUAUAUCAAUCGCGCUCUAGAGGCGGAGCUUGCACCUAUCGUCAUCAUGGCUAGCAAUCGCGGCCACGCCCGGAUUCGAGGCACGACAUAUAGCUCACCGCACGGUCUGCCUUUGGACUUCCUCGACCGGGUGGUGAUUGUCAGCACACAGCCCUACUCUGCUGAUGAGAUCCGGCAGAUUCUGGCGAUUCGCGCUCAGGAGGAAGAAAUUGACCUUUCUCCGGACGCUCUGGCGUUGCUCACGAAGAUUGGCCAGGAGUCAAAUCUCCGUUAUGCCAGCAAUAUCAUCACCACCUCUCAUCUCCUCAGUCAGAAGCGUAAGGCGAAGGAGGUCAGCAUUGACGACGUCCAGCGCAGCUACCGGUUGUUCUACGACCCUGCACGCAGCGUUAAAUUCGUCAACGCCUACGAGCAGCGCUUUAUCGGCGAUCAAGGCGCCGUCAGCUUUACUGCGGCUGCGAGCGGAGACUUGAUGGAGCUGUCAUAGUCCAGGCCACUAUUGGGCUCUAGAAGGACUUUGGUGCGGGAAGGGAGCAUCUGCCAUGAUCAGACGGUGUCUUCCUGGCAGCAGAGGCAGAAAUGGAGUACGAGGCCUACGGGGAACGAUCUUCCGUUUCUCUUCACAUUAUUCGGUUUUUGUUUACCAGAUGGAUUGCUUGAUGUAUGAUAAUGCUGGCGCUUUUUCAAAACUUCAUCUGUUGUGGGUGCUACGAUAUUUGGGUCUCAACUUUAAAGAGCCUAGGCUCGAAUGAUAAUGAUGCGGUUAAUGUUUCCCAGUGGAUGAUGGUAUUUGU